AUGUCGAUCUACAAUCGAAGGAAAGGCAACACAUUGCCAAAGCUCGAUUCGGAUUCAGGAUUUUUUUCUAAUGUCGAUAAAACAGCUGAUCCAUUGAGAGAAUCAACUGAUUUUGGAGAUAUCAAAACCAAAUCAGAUGGAACAAUGCUUUUUACUGACGAAUAUCCACGUAUUUGCCUUGAUGACUUGAAUGUUAAAGAACUUAUAGGAGCAGGCACCCAAGGAACCGUUUCAGAUGUAAUUCAUAUUCCUUCAGGCCGCGAAUUUGCAAUGAAAAAUAUUCAUGUUAUCGACAAAACUACACUUCAGAAAACUAUUGACGAAAUUCAUUCUUUGAGAAAGCUUAAACAUACGAACGUUGUCCAACUUUUCACUGUUUUCUAUCAGAAAGGAGAUAUUCAUAUUUUAAUGGAUUUAGUUCGUGGUGCAUCACUUGGCGAUUAUAUUAAAGUCGUCCCAGUUGUUCCAGAAAAAGCCCUAGGUCAAAUCGCAAUUCAAUGUCUCAGCGGCUUACUCUUCAUGCGUAAAAACCAUAUCCUCCAUCGUGAUCUUAAACCAUCCAAUGUAAUGGUUGCCCUUGAUGGAUCUGUUAAAAUUGCAGAUUUUGGACUUGCACGCCAACUUCGCGCAACUGGUGAUCUUGCCAAGUCGUUUACAGGUACAAUGUCAUACAUGUCACCAGAACGCAUUCGCGAAGAUAAUUACGGCCUUAAAAGCGAUGUUUGGUCUCUUGGUGUUAUUUUAUAUCAAUGCGCAAUUGGUAAAUUCCCAUUUGGUGGUAUGAAGAUAGCCUUUUGGGAUGUCAACUUCGACUCUUCUGAUGAGGUCGAUGUUAAAUUACCUCCAGAAUGUUCAGAGAAUAUGAGAGAUUUUAUUUCAAGAUGCUUAGAAGUAGACACAAAUGCAAGAGCUUCUAUUGAAGAACUAGUUGAGCAUCCAUGGGCAAAAGAAUUCUCGGGAAUUAGAGAAUUUGCAGAUCUCGUUUCCUGGGUAGCAGAUGCAGAGCAAAAGAGGAAGGCUGCAAAGCCCGUAAGUGAAAGCAAAUAA